GCGGAGGAGAACUUUGGGGUGGAGAAUGGCUGCUUCCAGGCCCUUGAUGCUGCUACCCGCACUUCUGCUCCGGGAACAAAGGAGGCCCAGGAACCACCAGCGUUCUGGGGGGCCAGCCCGACUGGGAAGGCAGAGAGAGCGUUGUCACUGUCUGGAUUGGGAACCGAAAGAGCAUGAUUCAAAGGCAUCUGCUUACUAGGGAGUGACUCUCAACUGAUUUCCAGAGCCCACAGGGGACACCAGUGCUUGAUGUAGUGAUGUGCUUAAACUGCCUUAGCAGCCUGGUUUCCUGAGAGGUGAGGGACACAGGAGGACUGGCGUGGGACAGGGAGAGACUUCUUGGUGCUCUGGUUCAAAGUGACUUCUCUGCAGCUGCCUCAGCAUGGAGAGUCGGGCCGGCCUGGCAGCCGCCCCCAGAGCACUGCCUUACUACGUGGCUUUCUCCCAGCUGCUGGGCCUGACUGUGGUGGCCACGACGGGGGCUUGGCUCGGUCUGUACAGGGGCGGCAUCGCCUGGGAGGGCGCCCUGCAGUUUAACGCGCAUCCCCUCUGCAUGGUCAUAGGCCUGAUCUUCCUGCAGGGAGAUGCCCUGCUGGUUUACCGGGUCUUCAGGAAUGAGCCCAGACGCACCACCAAAGUCCUGCACGGGCUGCUACACGUCUUUGCGUUCAUCAUCGCCCUGGUGGGCAUGGUGGCGGUGUUCGACUACCACCGGGAGCAGGGCUACGCAGACCUGUACAGCCUACACAGCUGGUGCGGCAUCCUCGGGUUCGUUCUCUACUUCGUGCAGUGGCUCGUGGGCUUUAGCCUCUUCCUGUUCCCCGGAGCUGCGUUUUCGCUGCGGAGCCGAUACCGCCCACAGCACAUCUUCUUUGGCGCCGCCAUCUUCCUCCUGUCUGUGGGCACAGCCCUGCUGGGCCUGAAGGAGGCGCUGUUGUUUAAGCUCGGGGCCAGGUACAGCACAUUUGAGGCCGAGGGUGUCCUGGCCAACGUGCUGGGCUUGCUGCUGGUCGGCUUCGGGGGGACUGUGCUCUACAUCUUGACUCGCCCUGACUGGAAGCGGCCACCCCAGGCGGAAGAACAAGCUCUCUCCAUGGACUUCAAGACGCUGACAGAAGGCGACAGCCCCAGCUCCCAGUGACGGCCUGCCCUUGUCCCGCGGGGAGGGCCUGGCUGUGGCUGGCCUCAGUUCUGGGGGGUUUGGAUAGGCGUCUUUCCCACGCUCUGUCGAGGCUGUCUUUAGGCUCAGCGGCUCCUGGGAGGGCUGGGCAGUGUGGUUAGGGAGCGUGGGGGCAGCGUUCCCCUUGGAGCGCUCAUUUCUGGGGUGUAGGGCUUGGCUUUCUCUGCUUUCCCUCCUUGUUGCUGCUUUAGAGUCCUGUUAGUCAUGCACAGACCCCUGCCCCUGUUGUCAUCAUCACCCCCUCAAAUCGAGCAGCUUUGGGUCGGGUUUUGGGUGGUCAGUCCUCAUUACAAAAGCACAGAUCCUUCAAGAAGACGUAGAGUGGCUCGCUCCUCUUGAGGCAGCGGAUGCUGGGCCGAGUCCAGGGGCUGCAAAGAGCACAAAGCUGUGGGAGAAACUGGGGCUUAGUGACAGGCCUGGCAAGGCUGAGACUUGCUUUGUGUAACACUGAAUUCAAACCAGGAGUCUCGCUAGUCUGAACAACACGUGGUGAGAAGGGGGCCCGGCCUUGGCAGGGAGCAAGUGAUAUUAUGUAUGAACUAUGUCGGUGUUCAGAGCAGUGUUCCCCAGGAGCGGGGAGGGACUGGCCCCGGGGAAGCUGCGGAGAUGGGGCUUUGGGCCAGCCCCAGGCCGGCCCUGCUGGGAGAGGGACGGGCCAUGGGCCCGAGACUAAUGGUACUUGGCGGCUGAGGGCCACAGAGAGAGCAGGAGAUGGGGCCCUGUGGAGGCGCGCUGUGGCCGGGUGGGUCUACUCGUGUUGAGGCCCGCCCGCCAGUUGCCUCCGGGGUCCCCGCCCUCCCCAGCUGCUCUGGCUAGGACCUGAGGCCGGGGAGGGCGGGGGGGGGGGGGGCUGCAGCCUUGCUUUGUUUUGAAGUGGAAAGCUGCGGCUGCCGCGCCCCCCCCCCCCCCCCCCCACCGCUUCCAGCGCCAAAGGCAGGGCUGCCGGCCUCUGUGCAGGAGGAAGGCCUCAGCCUCCUCCCCGGGCCCGCUGUGUGGGCAGCAGCUGGGGCCGAGGCUCCCGGCUGCGCACGUGUGCUCCAUGUGCCCCACUCGCUCUUGGGCUUCGGCCUGGAAGCGACGUAAUCAGAGCAUUGACCUUGUGCUUCUUGGACCUGGUGAAUGCUCUCUCCUUGUUUACCUCGUGUUCUGGGCUUUGAGGAACAUGACACAGUUUGAGACAGACACCGUUUCCUUAAAUGAAGAAAUGCAGGAGAUUUCCGGGCCUGACCACUGCUUUUGACAGUUGUCUUUUCCUCACGUCAGUGCUGCCUUAGAGAAAGGGGCUGGCCCCCGCUCGUGCUCUGCUCCUGCUCGGGUUUCUAACACGCGCCUUGGGCCUUGGGCCCUUGGCACAGUGGCGCCCCCCUCUCGCUGCAGCUUGCCUGGGGCGGCCGGGUGUCCGCCGGUGACACUGCGCUGUGUGUCUAGCGCCCCGGCCGUUCUUCCACCUCCCAAGGUACAAUUGUGCAUCUCCCUGGCCAGGACGCCACAGAGAGGGACGGAACCUUGGAUUGGUGGUAAAAAUCUGUAAACCGGUCUGUUUGCCCAAGUGGCUGUCGGAUGAUUCUGGAGGCCCCUGAAAACUGCCCCGCGGUGGUUUAUUUUACUUUGCCUGUGGUCAGUCCUCUGUGAAGUACAUUGUAGCGUGGGUGCAAUAGAUGGUUCAAUAAAUGUCUACCGCAGA